CACUUCAGGUCCAAAGUUCAUGACCUGGCUAACCACUUUCCAUCUCCACAUACUACACAGACCAUUGAAUUAUUAUUUAUUUCCCGUUGCCACGGCGCACCGGCUCCACUGUGCACCCGUGAGUCACGGUCCAUGUCUGUGACCUUCAUGCAGCGCUCAGUGUUGCAGUGUGGGACAGAGGGCUGGGGUGUGGAACGAGUGCAGACUCUGCCAGCAAACGAUAAUACGAUGGAGAUACAGCAACUUCAAGAGGAGAUGGCCAGAUUUCGGCAGGCGCUGAUUGAAGAACGCACUGCCCGACAAAUCAUAGAGAAAGACAUUUGGAAGGCUAUCGGUGGACUGAAGCAGAGCUUCUCUCGGCUGGAGGAGAAAUGCGACCGCCUAAUGGAGGCUGCUUGCAAGUGUCAGACAAAAGAGGAUACUGGCAACCUUCAGCAAGAGGAGACAGGCGAACUUCAGCAAGAAGAGACAAGCAACCGUCAGCAAGAGGAGACAAAGAACCGUCAACAGGAGGAGAAAUGUGAACUCCAUCAAAACGUGAUGAACAACCGUCAGCAAGGUGACGGUAAGGACGUGACCACUCCGACGGACGACGCUCCCACCAAGUGUGACGUCAUCAAGUCUGAUGACGUCACGACCCAGGCGGCGCCGGCUGGAGGCGACCUGAAUAAAACCGAUCCCAGUGAGACAAACAUCGAUAUCCUGGACACGGAUGCGCUGAAGAAGGUGCUGAGCAAGAUGGAAUGCUGGGAGAUGUUCCGCGCCAGGCGAGUCUGUCGGAGCUGGCGGUCCGCCGUCGACGGCAUCCUCGACGACUGUCGGCGGAAGCUCGUCGACCGGUCAGAUCGGGGGUUUAGCACUCCAACAAUGACAAGUCUGCAGCUGGUGGUAAGGGUAAAGGACCAGCCAGAUAUGACCUCGCUGAAGGCGCCGAUCGCUGAGACAUACACAGACAUCCGACUGGUCGCGGACAGUUGCCACGCCCUGCAGACAGCCGACCUGCGCGGCUUCAAGCUGAGAGUCUCUGCCCUGCGUCGGCUGGCGCGUGCCAACGCCUCCAGUUUGCGUGAGCUGACACUGCCGGCCGGCAUCGGUGACUGCCAGCUGGAGGCGCUGCUGGAGCCACUGAAGGCUCUGGAGAGAUUAAAUCUUAGCCUACCCGUGAACAGCACCGGCAAGUGGCUGUGGCUGCUACCCAAGUCGCUGAAGAGACUGGACAUCACUGGGUCCGGAAUGACUCGGUCACCAGUGAGCUAUGAUUAUCCUUAUAGUAUUAAACUGAGUGUCGGUGUACAGCUAGCAACCGACAAACUGCUGGACCAGCUGAGCGUUCUGUCGCACCGACAACCCGGUUACCAAGCUACCCAUCUGGCCAUACUUGUGUCCCCGUCCGUGACACCGGGAGCACUGGCACGUCUUCUGGCUUCCCUCACCAGGUUGGUGUACGUCAAACUUGGCGUGGUCGGCGCCACUUUGGAAACCACGCUGGCCGCCCUCCACGGCUGCUCUGGGUUGGGGGCCCUGCAUCUCACAGACCCGCGGCCCCUCACGGACAUCCCUGCGUGGACCGAGUCAGAGGUGGCAGCGGUCAGCAGGAUGGCAGUAACCUGCAGGAAACUGGAGUACCUGUACCUAACCUCCUCAGCAGUAAACUGCCAGGCCGUCCUGACCGCCCUGCUGAAGACAGACCUGGGCCGUAACAUCCAUCUCCGUGUCCCCAGGGCUAUAAAGGGGCAGCUUAGCCAACCGCCCAACGGCAGUACGGUCUUCGUGGAGUACUUCGGCUAAACCCCCAUCUGGCCGGCGCCUCGCCGGCUGCCGCGCCGGCGGUGGUGUCACAUUCUGACAACAGAUGGCAGCACCGUCUCCCGUCGGCAGCGCCGCACUUUGAGUCGUCCCGCCUUCACCGGACUGAAACACGGUCAUUUUACCGCUGCAUUUGAGGACAGGAAACCCCACGGAAAGGGCAUGCGAUAGAUAGUGGUUAUGUGACACGUUCCAACACAGAGAUUUGUGGUUUUGUACGUUCUCGCGCGGUGUUUUGUGUCGCUAUUGUGGGUCCUCGGUCCGGGUUAUCCAGAGCACACAUGUAGCUUACGUUGAUAAUUCUGCGUUAUAUAGCCAGCUUGUUCACUAAUCGAGAUAAUUCCACGGCCUGGAUUGCCGUCCAGCCAUCGGAGAAGGCCUUUGUGACCGUGACGUCACGUGUGUACUCCCGUUGUUCAACUGAGUCGUGACUCACAGUGACUCUGUUUGGUGGCUAGUCACGACCGAGUGUGAAAUACACGGCUGUUAAUCAC